AUGGAAUCAGAGUUUCAACAACAUCACUUCCUUCUUCACCAUAACGAUCAUCAACAACACCAUCAAAGACAAAGAACAAACUCAGGUUUGAUUCGUUACCAAUCUGCACCAAGUUCGUAUUUUUCGAGCUUCGAAAACAGAGAAUCGAUCGAAGAGUUCUUAGAUCGACCCACAAGCCCAGAAACUGAGCGAAUCUUAUCUGGGUUUUUACAAACCACCGACACAAGCAACAACGUCGAUAGUUUCCUCCAAAAUACUUUCUCUGGUGGCGAAACAGAGAAGAAACCACCGCAAGUGAAAACAGAGGAGGCCGAUGCAGAGGAGGAGAUAAAGAUUCCGGCGAUGGAGGUCGUCGGAGAGGUUUCGGAAUCUAUUGGGUAUGUGAGGAAUUUAGGUCUGAAUAAUAAAAGACCAAGAGAGAAAGAUGAUCGGGCUCCGACUCCGGUGAAUAAUCUUGCUCGGCAUAAUAGUUCACCGGCGGGAUUAUUUUCCUCCAUAGAUGUGGAAACAGCAUAUGCAGCUGUAAUGAAAAGUAUGGGAGGAGGAUUUGGAGGAAGUAAUGUGAUGAACAACACAAGCAAUGUUGAAGUUUCGUCUCUUACUACUAAUAGCAAGCUUCCUCCUGCACCGCCGAUGAGUUCGAUCUCUGAGAUUGAUGUUAAACCGGGUUUCUCUUCUCGAUUGCCUCCUCGAACACUCUCUGGUGGGUUUAACCGUUCGUUUGGGAACGAAGGCUCUGCUUCGUCUAAUAAGCUUACAUCUAUUGCUAGGACUCAGUCUGGAGGUUUAGAUCUUUACAAAACCAAGGAAGAAGAUUCAGCGAGUAGACGUCCUCCUUUAGCGCAUCAUAUGAGUUUGCCUAAGUCUUUAUCAGAUAUUGAACAGUUACUCUCGGAUUCUAUCCCGUGUAAGAUCAGAGCCAAGCGUGGUUGCGCUACUCAUCCCCGUAGUAUUGCCGAGAGGGUGAGAAGAACCAAGAUCAGUGAAAGAAUGAGGAAGCUGCAAGACCUUGUUCCAAACAUGGACACGCAAACGAACACAGCAGAUAUGUUGGAUCUUGCGGUUCAGUACAUCAAGGACCUUCAAGAAAAAGUCAAGACGCUCGAAGAGACUCGGGCAAAAUGUAGAUGCUCUAGUGCGUAA